AUGUGCCGUCAAUAUUUCACUCUCUAUGAGUGGUGCCAUUGCGAAGAAGAUGCUGGAAACAGUGUUUGCCCUGGUCAGCGCCGCAACAGCUGUCCGGGUGUCAGCAUAGAGACCGUCCAUAUGCAUUGUUUCUGCAAUUCUCAUGCUACUAAGGGAUUUAAGACUGAGAAGAAGACUCGCAAGGAAGAAGACAAAGUGCGCCGACGAUCUCAAGAGUCCUUGGACGAGAAAUCUUCUAUGGGCCGCCGCUGGUACCAAUGGUACCAAUGGCGGGGUUUGUGGUCGCGUUAG